GCAAACUGCUUGAGUUAGUUGCGCAUCGGCAGCGACAUAGAUCGCACGCAUGUAUCGCGAGUGAGUGCUGCAGUGUUGUGGGGCAAACGCCCAUACAUUCGAAAAUAGCAAACGAAAAAAUUGAACCCCAGAUGGGAGUAUACGAGGAGAGGGGGACGAUGCACUGGCAACAAAGUGAGAGAUAUCUAACGUCGGCGUACGAGGGGGGCGGCGACUUGUCCCCUGUCGCGCCCGCGACGUCCCCUGGCUCACCGCGUGACUGCACUUCGUGUCGGAAGAGGGAACCCCCGGACGAAACGCCCCAACCUCCCCCUGAAGACGCUUGUGCCGGCUGCGGCGGCCGUAUCACCGACAGAUACUACCUUCUGGCACUAGAGCGCCGCUGGCAUACUCCCUGCCUCAAAUGCUGCGAGUGUAAAAUGCCCCUUGACUCAGAACAACGGUGCUACGCCAGAGACAGCAACAUAUUCUGCAAAAAUGAUUAUUUCAGGCUAUACGGCUCAAAAAGAUGUGCUCGCUGCAAUACCCCAAUCUCUGCCUCGGAACUGGUGAUGCGCGCUCGGGACCUGGUGUUCCACGUGCACUGCUUCUCAUGUGCUCUAUGCAGCACCCCACUGAACAAAGGAGACACAUUCGGCAUUAGAGAUUCAGCAGUUUACUGCAGGCUGCACUAUGAGACCAUACCGGAGUACAGCGCACACAUGGCUGUGCCGGGCCCACCACAGAUGUGUCCAGUGCCCUACGCUGCGGGCCCCGCUCCUGGACCACACUACCCCCCAUACCCUUCCCCAGAGUUCGCUCGCGUGGACAAUGAUGUUCCUAAGGGCCCGUUCUUCAACGGCUCCACAGCGCCCCCUCCCCGGCAAAAAGGACGACCCCGAAAAAAGAAGCCCAAAGACCAGGAACUGAUGGCUGCAAACUUAGAUCUCAACCCGGAGUAUUUGGAUAUGGGGUUCCGGGGCGGCGCUGGUCUGGGUUCAUCUUCGCGCACCAAGCGGAUGCGUACCAGCUUUAAGCACCACCAGUUGAGAACAAUGAAGUCGUAUUUCGCCAUCAACCACAAUCCAGAUGCUAAAGAUUUGAAGCAACUCAGUCAGAAGACAGGCCUUCCUAAGCGAGUCCUCCAGGUUUGGUUCCAAAAUGCCCGGGCCAAAUGGCGGAGGAUGGUCACAAAACAGGAGGGCAAGCUCUCCGACAAAUGCUCCCCCGAUGCGUCACUGGAAAUGGACCUCUACCACGGUCAGAUGGGGUCGAUUCAGUCGCUGCCACCUCACAGCCCACCCUACAGCGUAAUGGGAGGCCCUCCGAGCCCGAACUCUAUGGAUUGCCCCUAGCCUUCAUCGAGCGCCUUAUGAGCGCCAUAAACCUUAAUCCGUGUGGUACGCCAAGCCGCACUAUGCGGAGGGGUGUGCCAGCUGCCUCCCACGAGGCAAAUCCUGUUACGACAACAAUCAAGACAGAGAAGACAAACGAUAACAAUAGACAAUCAAAACAGACAUGUUUCAGAACUACUUGUUCGUCGAAUUUAUUCCCAUCAACAAUCUACUCCACAUCCAGGUCCUUCAGGACUUUCACGAUAUCAGAGUUAUGUGCAAACAGAUGAAACUUUAGAAUCAACAGAAGAUCCUUUUACGUGGAGUCAAACUUCUUUUGCAACACCUAAUGUAAAUGCUUCUACUUUUGGUAAUAAUAAUCCUGGCUGGCAACAUUUUCUGCAACCCACUCAGGAGCAAUCAUUUCCAUCUACAAUUCGACAGAAUAAUCUCCAAAGUUAUCAGACUAGUUAUAAUGAGCAAAGACCUCACUUUUAUGACAAUUCUUCAUCUCAGCCUAAUCCUGAAUCAGCGAUGAUAGGACAAGGUAAUGAAUAUUUCCCACAAAUAACCCAAACUCCAUGGCAGCAACAGUUUCAUGUUAGGCCGAGACAUCAAAUUCCACAAUUUUCAGUUCAGGACCAACGUCCCCAAAAUGCUGUUCAACAAUUCCAUUAUCCCCCACUACCAACAUAUGAGCAAAUUCCUGACAAUUUGUCAAGACAAGCUAUGGCAAAUUCUGAUUUUGGACAGAUAAGAUCACAACAGCCUAUUAUAAACCCGACACCACAAGAACCCAUUUAUGAUCAAUCUAAUAUUCAAUCCAUUCCACUGAGACCUACUUAUAAUCAAUUUUCUGAAGAUAUUUCGCGAAGGCAAGCUGUAGUAAAUCGAGACUUCAGGUUGAACCAACGUCCAGUCCAAUACCAGCAAGUUCAUUAUCCAUACCAUCAAGUACAAUCUGAUGUUGAGUCAAAUUCUUACAAUCCCAUGUAUGACGCAACUUAUGAAGCAGUCGCCAUUAGGCAGCAAUACUUACGAGACCAAUUGACAAAUACUUCUUCACCCGCCCAGAUAGAUUUUAGUCGAAUUUUUCAAGAUCCUAGUGUAGGUAAUGCUCAGCAAAACGAAGGUCAACAAUUUUCUAAUUGGCAGAAUAAUCAGCCUCUUUAUGGCUUAACCCCCCAGCCCUCAGUUUUCGUUGAACCUCAACAAUCUGUUUGCGAACAAAACUCUCAAAUGUUUCAUGAACGAAUUCCCGAACAAGUAGUUGACAGACAUGAACGUAUAGAUGAUACACAGCAACUCUUUUAAGAGCAGUGUCAAUAAAAUGAUGAAUCAGUGUGUUAGUGAAAUACAGUUAUUGCUAGAAGUGAAAAUACUGUGAAAAGACGUUAUUUUUCUACAAACAAACAACUCGUAAUAUGUCUCCUGUGCAGUGUAUUUGUUAAAUUAUUGUAUAUCAAGAUUGUAAGUAAUAGAAGUUGAAUGAUAAUAAUAAUUACAGAAUUGUUUUUGGUGUAAAUAUCUUAAAAAUAUGAAGUAUACCGAACAGAAAUGAGUUGGAAUAUUUUUGUUCUGACAGUAUGGUGUAAUAAAAAAUAUUGUGUGUAUUAUAAUUUAUCAAUGGACAGUUGCGUCUAGCCAAUUCAAAAAGCAUGCAUUCCACUAAGUUUAUCGUAUUGGGAACAUUGAACAAUGCUCUUUUCCUGCAUAUUGGCUGCGAGUCAACAAACACAUACAUAAUUGCGUUAACUGAAGAUUCCCAGAUACUCGCAUUUAUUAUUGAGUUUAUAAUUAGUUUUUUGUAAAAGCAAAAACACGAUUGUUUCGGAUUAAAAAAAAUGUCGCAUUAUUACUAUUUUGCUUUGUAAAUAAACAUGACUACAAUAUACAUAAAUUAUUAUCGGAUAGUACCUAUGAGCGCUGUAAAUAAUUUUUUAACGAUUCAUAGUCCAUAGUACCAUAAUUAUAACGAUUAAUUUAACGUUUUAUCCUUUCUGAUGUACUUAGAUUUGAAUGAUGAAAGACUUGUAUUCGAUCAUACACACUACUGAAUCUGUGUAUAUGAAACUAUGAACGAAUAAUCGCAUAAAAUCGAAUCGACUGUCGUUUAUAAAUUGUUGUAAAAAUAAAUAAGUGUAUAGACUAUAAGAUGUUUGAAAACGAACGAUCAUACUGAUGUUGGUUUUCUGUUAUUUUUUAUUAAUUAUCGUUCUGUAAUCCGGUUCCUUGAACCAACAGAAAAAGUUUGGUUAAUAAUAUAUUACUAUUUAUUUAUUGACAAUUUAUAUUUAAUUUAGUUUAAGUUUUAGUCUUUAGUUAGGUAACAUAAACUGAAUGUGAAUGUUUUUCCAUAGUUAUAAUAAUUAUUACCUAGCCUAGCAUAGUCAUAGAUAAAUUUAUUAGCCGGCAAAAUAUUAUUUAAAAUCUUCAAUGAUUUACAGUUAAACAUUUUGUUUAGAAAUUACAUUUUACAAUAUUCCUACUGUCUUUUAAGUAGUUCUAAGCAUUACUUGUUAAGUUAAAUUCCGGCUGAGUUAACGCACUUUUAGUUCCUUGUAUAGAUUUAAAUUACAUUAUAAUAAAUAAUCAACAUAAUAUAUAAAUAAUACUAGUAGCUGAAACAAUAAUGUUCUUCAUUAAAAGUAUGAGUAGUGUCAAACAUAAUCGAUUUUUAAUUAUACUUAUAGAGUUCUUAGUCCACAAUAACAUAAUAUUUGGCAAUAUUUCGGCAACGGUUUUAAUUUUAAAACGAAAUUCCUGUGACUAAAAGUUAUAAAAAUCUGUUAAAUAAAAAAAUAUUCAACUUUA